AAAAAAAAUUAAAAACUGCGUAAAUUGUUGAUCAAAAUUAAAAUAUUUCCAAUUGACACCCGAAAAUGAGUGACGAACUAACGAUAAUUCUUCAUGUCGACGAAGGAAUAAGUUUGAAUGUUAACAAUGAUCCCUUGGUACUCGUGGCGACUUUGGGAGGCAACACAAUGGAAUCUGAUCCGGUAAUUCCGGGUCAUUCGACUGUCUUUGAUUGCAAUUUAGUGUGGGAAACAAACAAAAAAUCCGUCAAAAGGAUGAAAAUGGAAAAUUACCCGAUAAAAAUUGAAGUUUUUGCGGUAAAAUCUGAAAAAGAUCCGUCGCAGCGAAAGUUGAUUGGACAUUUAAUUUUUCCCGUGCGGAACAUUCCAUUUUUGCCGCCUACUAAAGCACUCACGUACAAGAGUAAAUGGUACAAACUAAUUGGACUUGCCUCGGAAUGGAGAGUUUUAAAGCCCGAAAUUAUGUUGAGUUUGAUGAUAACGGACAAGGAAUUUUUUUCGCGAACCAGAACGGCGCUUAUGACGCCAAAUCGGAGUGUAGAUCACGAAUUUCUCGGGGAUGUUACGCCGAAAUAUGAUAUUUUGACGUCGCAACAGGGGAUUUUCAUAAGACUUUUGAAGGAAGAGGGGGUUUUACAGGUUGGCAAUAUCGAUACGGACUGCGAUGUGUUCCUUGCGAAAAUUUUGCUGAAGAAUGUGGUUCAUGCGGAGAGUAUGGUUUCGACGAUGGAAAAGGCUGAAAUUGAUAAAAAUAAGUUUCAGUUGAGGUAUAUUUUUCCUCAAAAUGACGUGCCUUUUGUUUGUGAGAUGAAAAAACGGGAAGAUGGAACGUAUGGGCUUCAAGAAAUUAUUGCGAUUAAUAUUAGAACGUCUCUGCAAGUGCUUCAGAAAUAUUUCAAUCAAAUUUUUUGUAUUCCUUUCCAAAUUUUUUAUGAUGAUAAACUUAUAGGAAACGGCAAACUAUCUUUAGCAAACUUACUUCAAAUCGACAACUUGACGGAAUUCCUAACCAAUUGUCAUGACAACGAAAACACUUACGAACAAGAAUCCUCGUGUCCCGUCAUUCCAUCGGAAGAAAUCUCACCAUUUAUCGAAAAACCAUCUGUUUCCUUCCGUUUUAUGCUUUCUUACAUCUCCACGAACAAACUUGCUACCCAAGACUUGUUCGAAAGUCGCAAGGAAAAAGAAGAUUUGAAACUUCCUGAACUCGACAUCGAUGCUGGCGGAGAUUUCGCGCCUUUAGAAUCAUCUUUUGAGCUUCCUCGAACUCCGACGCCGCUAAAACUCGAACACGUUGGCGACACUCCGGGCAUAAUAAUCUCCCCAAAACCCAUAAUGGAAGAAAUUCCCUCUGAAAAACCCGAAAGUAUCAAAGCUGGCUCGAUUGCAUCAAAAAAUUUCGAAGCUGAAGCGAAAAAAGAUCAAAUCCCGCACACUUUUAGCUACACUCUCGUACUAAAAAACAUCAAAUUCACAAAUCGCGUUGAAAAUGGCAUCUGGCAAGUGAGUUUUUAUCAUCCCCGUGCCGAGACUCCCUUCACAAUUAUCAACCUGGAGUUGCAAAAUAUCGAAGAUGAGUCCGUGGAUUUCGACGAUCUCGAGUUGCAAUUAAUUUUUUCCGCCAUUCCGAGUGAUGUUGAUGCCAUAAUUAAGGCGGAUAAUUGUUUGUUCAACAUUAGCGGGCCUCGAGGAACGCGCGGAAAGGCAGAAUUGAACAGCGAAACGUUGUUGAUGGGCGAAAAAAAGUCACCCGGGACGAUUUUGUUGGAAAAUCAAAACGGAGAAAAAAUGGCGAUGGCAACAAUUUUCGUGUACAUCGAAGAUUUGGGCAUAAAUCACAAUAGUCAAGUGAAAAAACCGCUUCCCAUGAUGCCUGUUGGAGCAAAUCCCAAGUCGUAUGUCGAUGAGGGACUCGCUUAUCGCUUCGUCGAAGACCUGGAAAAAUGGAAAAAGACGCAGGAGGAAAAUUUUCUCGUUGAAUUGAAGCGGAAGGAGAUUCAACAUUUGGCGAAAUUGACGGCGGAAUGGAAAAGGAAAAAGUCAAAAAUGGAAAAAGAUAUGAAAGAGAAGAUGGAAAAGUGUGUCGCGUUGCAAAAGACGCUCGAAGAUGCGCAGAAAUCGUUGAAAUCAAAAAGCGACGAACAAUCCCAACAGGAACGAAAUCUCUUUCAAGCCAAAUCCGAUCUCGAGCAAUGUUUCAACAAAAAACUCUUGGAAAUCCGCGAAAAAGCGCGUCGCCUUGAGGAUGACAUGGAACGAAAACUUCAUUACGAGCAAAUAAAGUACAAAGAACUCGAACUCAGUACAAAAGCUUUGGAAAAGGAAAACGAUCGUCUUCGUUCUCGCAUCGCCGCCCUCGAAAAAGAAGCUUCGAAGAUGAAAGAAAAUUUAUUUCCGAAAGAACAACUCGUUACUUUAUUCCAAGACAUGCGACUCCUGAACGAACGAUACGAAAACGCACAAAAAUCAAAAAUGUACUAUAAGGAGCAAUGGGCGAAACUGAUACGAGAAGUGCACAUGUUGAAGUCAUCUUCAACGGAGCAGUUCAAGGAUGACGUCAUGAAUCGAAAAGCGUUUGACAUCGAUAAUUGGUUAGAAAAUGAAAAAUUCGAUUUGGAUUCCGAUGCGAGCGAAAUGGAUUUUAUCAAGCGAUCGUUCGAAUGUGAUUAGAAUGUGAAUGACAUCGAAGUACAACAAAAAGUAGAUAAAUUUUUCCAAUGGCCUUCAGUUAUAAUGCACACAAAUAUUGGUGCAGCUACUUCAAAUUAUAUAAUUGACAAGAGAUAGUGAUACUUUAGUUAUUUAUUUGUACUAAUUUAUUGACUCAAAUGCACUUU